GAGGCCGUUGCUUUUUGCCAGGCGGCCAGUGUGCCCCUGUUCUCGGCGGGCACUCCUUCAACAGCGUCACAGCGGUCAGGCAAAGGGCAACUUUGCACCCCUUUCCAAUGCAUGCGCCACAUUGAAAAGAUUGCCCCCAGAGGAGCGUUCUCUUCAGAUCACAAGCUUCUGGCUCGGAUGUUUGGGCUGGGCAGCUCUCAAACAGAGCGGCUCUGCGGUGUGCAAAUGGCGGUGGCGGAAAAUGUGGGCACCACCAGUGAGCUUUUGGACCUUUCCCCCCUGACAGCUGUCAGCCCGCUCGACGGCCGGUAUGGGGCCAAGGUGCAGGGCCUGCGGAGCAUCUUCAGUGAGUACGGCCUCAUCAAGUACAGAGUGCUCGUGGAGAUUCGCUGGUUGCAAGCGCUAGCGGAGAACCCCGCCAUCAAGGAGGUGCCCCCAUUCAGCCGCGAAACUAACGAGCUGUUGGACUCAGUAGCGGAGAACUGGGGCGAGGAGGAUGCGCAGAUGGUCAAGCGGGUGGAGCGUGUGACGAACCACGAUGUGAAGGCGAUCGAGUAUGUGCUCAAGGAGAAGUUUGAGGAGGUGCCAGAGCUGAGACCCGUACUGGAAUUCAUCCACUUUGCGUGCACGUCGGAGGACAUCAACAACCUGGCGCACGCGCUGAUGCUCCAGGAGGCGCGCAGACAGCACAUCCUCCCCGCCAUGGACGCCAUUGUCAAAGCGCUCGCUGACCUGGCGCACGCCAAUGCUGAAGUCCCCCUCCUCUCAAGAACGCACGGGCAGCCCGCGUCCCCCACGACCCUCGGCAAGGAGCUGGCCAACUUCGCAUUCCGGCUGCAGCGGCAACGGGACCAAGUCGCGCGGGUGGAGAUAUUCGGGAAGAUCGCGGGGGCGGUGGGAAACUACAACGCACAUUUGGUGGCAUACCCGGAAGUAGACUGGCAGCAGGAGGCGGAGCGGUUUGUCACCCACAGGCUGGGGUUAGGCUUUAACCCGUACGUGACCCAGAUCGAGCCCCACGACUACAUCGCUGAGCUGUUCCACGCCGUCUCGCGCUUCAACACCGUCCUGCUCGGCUUCGAUAGGGACGUCUGGGGCUACAUCUCGCUGGGCUACUUCAAGCAGAGGACGAUCGCGGGCGAGGUGGGGUCAUCGACGAUGCCGCACAAGGUGAACCCGAUCGACUUCGAGAACAGCGAGGGCAACCUGGGGCUGGCCAACGCGACGCUGACGCACCUGGCGGAAAAGCUGCCCAUCUCGCGCUGGCAGCGCGACCUCACCGACUCCACCGUGCUGCGCAACCUGGGCGUCGGGGCGGGCUAUUCCCUGGUCGCGUACGAGAGCACGCUGAAGGGGAUCAGCAAGCUGCAGGUCGACGAAGACCGAAUAUCGGCGGACUUGGACGCGACUUGGGAAGUAUUGGCAGAGCCUAUUCAAACGGUAAUGCGAAGAUAUGGCAUUGAGAAGCCUUACGAGAAGCUGAAGGACUUCACUCGAGGAAAGCGGGUCACUCGGGAAAGCAUGCAGAGCUUCGUGGAUGGUCUUGAGUUACCGGAGAGUGUGAAAGUAGAUCUGAAGAAGCUGACCCCUCACAACUACAUAGGAAAUGCUGAUCAACAAGCAAAGAACCUUUUUAGCAACCUGAGCGUCAGCCACGGGUCAAGAACAUGAAGCAUCCAAUACAUUCUCCUUGGGGGUCA